GUAUUCUAGAGUUAAAGGAAGACACUAUAGAAAGUUUGCUAGCUGCAGCUUGUCUUCUCCAGCUCUCCCAGGUUAUUGAGGUAUGCUGCAACUUCCUCAUGAAGCAGCUCCAUCCUUCCAACUGCCUGGGGAUUCGCUCUUUCGGAGAUGCUCAGGGCUGCACGGAGCUCCUGAAGGUGGCACACACCUACACUAUGGAACACUUCACAGAAGUAAUAAAAAAUCAGGAAUUUCUUUUGCUGCCUGCUAAGGAGAUUGCAAAGCUGUUGUCUAGCGACGACAUCAACGUUCCAGAUGAAGAAGCCAUUUUCCAGGCACUGAUGAUGUGGGUGAGGCACGACCUCCAAAGCCGGCAGCGGGACCUGGGAAUGCUGCUCUCUUACAUCAGGCUGCCUCUGCUGCCUCCCCAGUUACUAGCCGAUCUAGAAAAUAGUCCAAUGUUUGCAGACGACCUGGAGUGUCAGAAGCUUCUCAUGGAGGCUAUGAAGUACCAUCUCCUACCAGAAAGAAGGUCCAUGAUGCAAAGUCCUCGGACUAAGCCUAGAAAAUCUACAGUGGGUGCACUUUAUGCUGUAGGAGGUAUGGAUGCCACUAAAGGUACCACUACAAUUGAAAAAUACGACCUUAGGACUAACAGCUGGAUACAAAUUGGUACAAUGAAUGGCAGGCGAUUACAGUUUGGAGUUGCAGUCAUUGACAACAAGCUCUAUAUCGUGGGAGGAAGAGAUGGCCUGAAAACUUCUAACAUUGUUGAAUGUUUCAACCCUAUCACCAAAGCUUGGACUAUAAUGCCUCCUAUGUCAACACACAGACAUGGCUUAGGAGUAGCAAUGCUUGAAGGACCAAUGUAUGCUGUUGGUGGCCACGAUGGAUGGAGUUACCUUAACACCGUGGAAAGAUGGGACCCCCAAGCACGGCAAUGGAAUUAUGUUGCCAGCAUGUCAACCCCCAGAAGCACCGUAGGGGUUGCAGCAUUGAACAGCAAGCUGUAUGCCGUUGGUGGGCGAGAUGGGAGCUCCUGCCUGAAGUCAAUGGAGUGUUUUGAUCCACACACAAACAAGUGGAGCCUGUGUGCUCCCAUGUCCAAGAGAAGAGGUGGCGUUGGGGUGGCAACCUACAAUGGGUUCCUGUAUGCCGUGGGGGGGCACGAUGCCCCUGCCUCCAACCACUGCUCUCGCCUCUCCGACUGCGUGGAGAGGUAUGACCCUAAAACAGACGCUUGGACAACAGUGGCCCCCCUGAGCGUGCCUCGGGAUGCUGUUGGGAUUUGCCCUUUGGGGGACAGGCUGUAUGCUGUUGGGGGUUACGAUGGCCACACCUACCUGGACACCGUGGAGUCCUACGAUGCUCAAAAUAACGAGUGGACAGAGGAAGUUCCUGUCAAUAUUGGAAGGGCUGGAGCCUGUGUUGUUGUUGUGAAGCUGCCCUGAGGACUGUCAAUACUGUGACUCUAAACCAAGUGGAGAUUCAUGAAGACUGAGUCAUGAAA